AUGAUACCCCUACUGCAAAUCCAGCCUGGCGAAGUGCCACGGCCGACCAACAUUGACUCCCAUGUCCAGUUUCACGAUUACACAUAUCCUCCCGCGUCACAGAUGACCAUUCGGGAGAACCACUUGUCACCACAUCCGUACGCGUUCCCUAUCCGGACGUCCCAGUCACAGCGGCGAGCUACUCCUUCCUCCAACUCUCUGUAUCCUCCUCGUUCUGAGUUUCACUUGCGCCGAAAAACACCAAAUGGUACCAUAGAGGCUGCCUAUGACGGCUCUCCCGGACCACCGAAUCCUGGCCCUCCGCCUCAUAAGCAUAUGAUUAUCCCCGCCGCAGCCCAGUCGAUUCCACGUCUUAGAAACAGCACGGGUUUUCUGUCGCACCCGCAAACACUGGAUACAGGGACAUCUGCAUCCCUUGGGCAAGGUCGAUAUAAUGCAGAUGCUGGGCCAUGGCAUGCCAGUAACGAAUCUCCGGCGCCGUAUGCCCUUCACGACAUUACUCCGUCUAAUUUCAAUCCAUUUCAACCUACCGUACUCGGGCCUCCGGCUCCCUUUGCUUCUUUUCCCAACGAUUUCCAACCCGUUUUGCGGGCUAAUGAAUACAAUGUCCGUGCUUUUUGUCCGCCCCCUAUGCCGAGUGCAGACUUUCUGCCCUUUGGUCAGGCUGGCUGGCAACCUGGUGCUGUGCCAUGGGACCCUCGGUUUCCGGGUCCGUUUGAAUAUCAACAAGGACCGUCGACGUUUCCCGGUCAUGGUGCUCCCAUCAGUGGGAUGAAUAGUCUUGGGACCUUGGGACCUCUAAACCCACCAUAUGUGCAUGACCUCUUACCGGUAUCGCACAUGGAUGCUGAGAGUUUGACUGCGGGAUCUCAGGGAACAGUGGCCCAUCCCGGCCGUUUUGACCAUGCAAAUGAAGGCCUGCCUCGUUUCAGAGAAAGGGCCCUUGCACAGGCUCAUUCAAUUUAUCUUGAGUUGAUAGCUGUUGCCCAGACGGCCCGAAAGUCUAUUCACCCCAGGUCUGGAACUGGGCCACAAGAGUCAUCUAAACUCUUUGUGUUCCCUAAACCGCCGAACCCAAUAUUUAAUCCGGCCACCAUGACUGCUAGGAAAAACUGGGGGGGACAUGUGCCUUCAUUCCAACCGAAUCAUCCUUUGAUGUCUCAUUAUACAAGUCAAUACGCUUUAACGGCCAACGUCUAUCCCGGACCUCCUAGUGAUCUGACCGUGCAGACAGGGCAGCAGGCCCCAGGAGCAUAUCUUAGUUAUGGCAAUAACUUGGAUUUUUUGAAUCGAUCAUCUCCUCAUGCAAGAGCCCAAUCCAGUCUUGAUGUCUUGAAGAGCUUGUGCGAACAGAGUGGAUGGAAAUGGGUUGACGGCAUGUUGAUGGGAGGCUGUCUCCAUUACGGACAGGAGAAUUAUCAAGAAGCUCUGCAAUGGUUCUCAAGGGUAACCGCUGUUGAUUCUAGUAAUUAUGUGGCCUUGACGAAUGUAGCAGCCGCUCUCUAUUGCCUAGGUCGUCAGGAGGAGGCCGAGAAGACCUGGCUUCGUGUUGUGAGACUUCACCCUGCCUACUUAGAAGCCGCCGAACAUCUCGUUGGACUUCUCUAUCGGAAACGAAGUCUGGAGGCCAUCGAAGUGAUCACUUUCGUACAGAAAGCACUAAAGACACCAUCUCGAGAUCUACCUAAGACAACGGCGCCUAUUGGCGGGCACUUGGUGAACGGAAAGACCGAACCUGUUGUUGGCAAUCCACCACCCCAGUUGGGUCGGACAGAGCAGAAUGCAUUCUUCAAUUCUGAGCCAUUUCGGAUUGAUGGUGAUCAUGCUGAGAACUUCGGCUCCAGCGGAUAUGAACUACCUGAUAGUGAGAAUGGUAGGAUGCUUGCAUUGGUUCAUGCAAAAGGCACCAUGCUCUAUAGCUUGAAAGACAUAGAAAGAGCCUCAAAGGCAUUUGAAGAGGCAGUCUUGAUCAGUGUCGGGCGACAUAUUCAUGGCAUCAGGCAUCUGGUUCAGCGCAUCCAAACUGUGCUGUCGCAUGCAGAUAGAUUCGCAGCACAGCUUCAGCAAUCGCCGCAACUUACUGGACAGCCGCUACUUCUCCCUCCUGAAAAGGUUCGACACACUGCUCAAAUGGUUUUCCCAGGGACUGGGCAAUUACCAGGUCUCGUCUGUGUGCCGGACGGCCCACCAAAACGGGCUGCUACACAAACGACGAGCAAUUCCCUACUGUCGUUGGCAAAGAUAUUCCAGGAUGCCAUGUCAAGUGGUGUUGCGGCUUCUACUCUCCCGCGACACACGACGGGCGUUGGUGAUAUCUUGGCCCUGUACUACUUAUCAUUUUCUCUACAAGAGAGUCCAUCCACAGCCAAUAACGUUGGAAUUCUACUUGCCGGAGUGCAGCAAGCUGUUGCCUGUGCUGCAACUCGCUCCAUGGCCCUAGGGCCUCAACAGCAUUCUAUACCUGGGGUACCUCCAGGAAGCGGCCUCGCCCUUGCAUUGGCUUACUAUCAGCAUGGACUCAGACUUGAUCCCAAGCAUGUCCAUCUACACACAAACUUGGGGAGCCUCCUCAAGGACAUUGGUCAGCUCGACCUUGCCAUCCAAAUGUAUGAGCAAGCCGUGUCGUGCGAUCCAACCUUUGAUAUUGCCUUGACCAACUUGGCCAAUGCUGUCAAGGAUCGUGGGCGCAUCAAUGAAGCUAUCACGUAUUAUAAACGAGCUGUCAAGUCGAAUCCUGACUUCGCCGAAGCGGUAUGCGGGCUUUUCACCGCCUUGAACUCUGUCUGCAACUGGAAGGGUAGAGGCGGGGUGCUCCUUGAGAACGGGAAAUUCGAUCGUUGGCAUGUUGAUGAGGAAGGCAUGCUACAGGACAGCCGAACAGCGCAAUGUGGAAGUGGGUUGACAAAGCGCGUUGUCGACAUUGUCAGGCACCAACUUGGGGAAGCCUCGCGGUGGGGCGUGAAUUCCCUUCAAGACGACUUCAUUCACGUCUUGGUCAGAGAAAUAGCUGAUGUUUCAAACUUGAACCCAGAAGAUAUUCGCCAUUGGCUGUACCGAUGGAAAGGAAAGCCCUGGGAGGGAUCGAGUUUACUGCGGCUUGUGGAGCGUUUGACACGAGUGAGGAUGUGGGUUUGGUACCACGAUCGACAUAUAUCUAAGAAGAAGUCCAUAUCUGGCUACAGCCGCGUCCGACUACCCCCAAGGAUCACAGUCCCGUCAACACCUACGGUAUUGCCUUUCCACACCUUCACAUGCCCUCUGGGUCCCAAGGAUAUACGGACAAUUUCGCAGCGAAACGCGGUGCGCAUCUCAUGCACAACACUGCGGGCACCGUGGUUGCCCAAGACAAUGUACCCACCACCGCCACCUCCAAGCCCUCACCUGAAUGUCGGAUACUUGUCGUCAGAUUUCAACAAUCAUCCCCUCGCGCAUUUGAUGCAAUCCGUUUUCGGAUUUCAUGACCGCCGUCGUGUGCGCGCCUUUUGCUAUGCCACAACCGCAAGCGACAAGUCUACUUAUCGGCAGAAGAUCGAGGAAGAAGCACCUGUUUUUAGGGAUGUGAGUAGCUGGUCCCCUGACAAACUGGUCGAACAGAUUGUUAAGGACCAGAUCCACAUUCUCGUAAACUUGAAUGGAUAUACUCGAGGUGCCAGGAAUGAGAUAUUUGCAGCUCGUCCCGCCCCUAUCCACAUGUCUUUCAUGGGAUUUGCGGGAACUCUUGGGGCCGAAUGGUGCGAUUAUAUUCUCGCUGAUUCAACAGCAAUUCCGCCAAGCACACUACGGCCAUGGAGAGAAAAUGUAAGGAUCGAAAGCAUUUUCCACGACAACAAUGAGGGAGAUGAGGACAACUGGGUGUACUCGGAGAACAUCAUCUUUUGCCGCGACACCUUUUUCUGCUGCGAUCAUGCGCAAUCCUGCUCUCCGGACGAGCGCAAUGUCACCUGGGAAGAAGAGCAGCGCCGCAGAUGGGAAAUGCGCAAGACCCUCUUCCCAAAGCUAUCAGAUGACGCUAUCAUCAUGGGUAAUUUUAAUCAACUUUACAAGAUUGAGCCAACCACGUUUCGAUCUUGGCUUCGGAUAUUGUCACACACUCCGAAUGCUGUGCUUUGGCUGCUUCGUUUUCCUGAAGCAGGGGAAGCCAAUCUCAAGGAAACCGCGAAACAGUGGGCGGGGUCGGAAGUCGCCAGCAGGAUCAUUUUUACGGACGUUGCUCCGAAAUCUCAUCACAUCUCUCGAGCGCGUGUGUGUGACUUGUUUUUAGACACUCCAGAAUGCAACGCUCACACAACAGCUGCCGAUGUGCUCUGGUCCAGCACCCCGCUUCUUACACUCCCGCGGUAUCCGUACAAGAUGUGCUCCCGGAUGGCGGCGUCAAUUCUGAAGGGCGCAUUGCCAAGGAACAGCCAAGGGCAAGCGGCGGCGUCGGAGCUCAUUGCCGGCAAUGAGCAAGAAUACGAACAAAUGGCAUGUAGACUCGCUGGCGGGCUUAAAUAUCAGGUAGGCGGGUCUGGGUACGGGAAAGGGUACGGGCGUUUGGCAGAAAUCAGGAAACUUUUAUGGGACAGCAAAUGGGAAUGUGCUUUAUUCAACACUCGCCGCUGGGUCGACGAUGUAGAAACGGCGUACGAGCAAGCAUGGCAAAGAUGGGUUUCCGGCGAGAGCGGUGAUAUUCACUUAUGA